CUCAGUUUUCUACGAUUCGCCGAGCCGUCGGCACGGUUUAAUUUGUCGGAAUACGCUGACUUAAUCCGAUAGAGUCGCAGUUUGGAUCACUUCCUUAUCAAAAGCUAACGACGUGACUUAAAUUCCAUUGACGUAUGGGAAUUUUGUGAAUCACAACCAACCGUGCCUGAAAAAUCCGUGUUCUAGAACAAAGAACGCUGCAAUGGGUGCAAGUGGAAUCAAGUACAUCUGCCUGCUGGCUCUCAUAAUAGGAGCAUCAUUAUUGACAAUAGGCGAUGCAAAGUCAAGACAGGAUGUUGUUGCAAAGUUAAACGGGAUUCCUGCGGCGAAGUGGUUGCAGUUAGUCAACUCAGCUAUCGACUCAGUGACAAGACAAAAGCGCCUGGAGGAAAAUCUGCUGAAUUCCGACAUCACUGUUAAAAACGGCAGCCUUUCCCACGUCCAACUUCUGGAUACAUUGCCGAACCUAGCCUCUAAACAGGACAGUGAACUCGCUCUGAAGAUCCUGAAGUCCAGUCUGUACGUUUUCAAUAGUGAGUGCUUGCCCAAUGAAAUCGACGGAGAUGAGUGUCGCAGUUACCUGGAGCAAAAACCACUUCCCGAGGGCAGUAGUCUGCGAACCGAGUGCGAGAACUUGCUCAAGGGAAACCGGGAGGGUCAUCACGCCUUUAGGAGGCUACUAGUGAGCAGCCACUACAAGAAUGGAUUCUAUGAUAUGUUCCCCAACACAGGUAGACUUAAUACCGUGCCGGCAGCUUGGUCCAUUAGUAAGGGCCUAUACGAGCCCGAUAGCAUUCAAACGGCCAAGCAAAUAAGGUUCGAGAACAACCCGAAUUUGGUACUGGCACAAUGGGCUCAGUUUGUGGAGCACGAUCUUAGCAAGCCCGUAUCACAAUCGAUGAGCAGUGGAGCUCCGAUCGAGUGUUGCAGCCGUGACCAAAUCAACCUUCAGCCCCGGCAUCACCACCCGGCCUGUGCUCCUAUUAUUUGCCAGCCCAGUGAGAAAUACGAAGUGCCAAGCUGUCUUAACUAUGUGAGAAGUGCUCUGGCCGUGGCCGAUUGCAAUUUCGGUGGCGCCGAGCAGCUCAAUCAGGCCACGGCAUCCUUGGACCUAUCGCAACUCUACGGCCUCACCUCGGCGGCAGAGAAAAAGUUGAGGGCCUCGGAGGGUGGUCUAUUAAAGUCAACACCACGAGGAGAGAACGACAAUGCCCUGCUGCCCAUUGCCAGCGACACGGAAGGACCCUCCUUCUGCGCCAGGGAAAUCAUUGGAGAUGGCACCUGCUUUGCGGCUGGUGACUCGCGGGUCAACAGCAAUCCCUUCUCGAUACUGAUCUACACGAUCUUCAUGCGCAACCACAACCGGCUGGCAACCGAACUCCAUCUGAGGAAUCGGCGGUGGAGCGACGAAAGGCUCUUCCAGGCAGCCAAGGCGAUCAAUGUGGACAUCUAUCGGCGAGUGGUGAUCGACGAGUGGCUGCCGGCGGUGCUCGGCGAACGCUUGGCCGCUGAGGUUAAGACAACCCGAUAUCCAAGUGCCCUAGAGGUCUCCAAUGAGUUUGCGGUGGCCGCCAUUCGAUUCUACUUCUCGAUGCUGCCCAAUGAGCUUCAAAAUCUGUCCAAGGAUAACAUUGUCCAUGGAACUGAAAAGAACAACGAAUAUAUAUUAAUUAACAAGAACCUGCCGUCGACAAGCCUAUUUGAGCUCAAAGAAGAAAUCUACAAGCCACAGCUCGAGUACACAUCCAAAAAGCUAAACGAUAUCCUCGAGAGUUUACUCAAUCAGGAGUCCAUGAAAAUGGAUGCAGCCUACUCUGGUGGUAUCGUUUGGCACAAGGACACCAAGCCCACCCAUGCUGAUAUCCUGGCCUUCGACAUCCAAAGGGGCAGAGACCACGGCCUGCUCCCGUAUCAUCGCUAUUUGGAGUCAUGCAGCCUUUCCAGACCCGUGAAUAGCUGGAAGGACUUUGAGCAGUUUAUUCCCAAAGAUGUGUUGGAUAAGUUGAAAACUAUAUACAACAGUUGGUCUGAUGUGGAUCUAAUUGUGGGUGGAAUUUCGGAGAUGCCUGUUCACGGAUCUGUUGGCCCCACCUUCAGUUGCAUAAUCUCUGAGCAAUUCGUGCAUGUACUUAAACAACACGUGCAAAAGGCGGACCACAAAUACGCUCAAUUGGUGGAGCAAUAUCGGCAUUUGAAUGGAACCAAGCUCCUGUGUCUGAGCUCCGGCCUCUUGGCGGUUCCCCAGAAUAUCUUCCAGUUGCCAUCGGCCAGUAAUCGACUGGUGUCUUGUGAAGAUGUCUAGAGGGUGAUACUACUCCCUUCCUCAGCCUUUGCAAACCAAUUUUAGAUUAAGCUGCGAAGCCAAAAAAAAAUUGUAAAAGACAAAGCUUAAUAAAAUACCUCAAUAUUCUGA